AUGGAGUUUUUGGGUUCACUCUGGAGAGGAGGACGAAGGUUAAUGAAAAGGAAAGACAGUGAUGCUGGUGAUGCAGGUAGAGCACUGGAAGAACUCAGAGCUUCACUCUAUAAUGAGAUCCGAACCUCAGAAGGAGCCAAGCGACAACAGCAAAGAUAUUGUGGACCAGUGGCGGCUCUGUCUUUCAACUUUUUGGUUGCUGUUGGGAUUAUCAUGGCAAACAAAUUGGUGAUGGGUAAAGUUGGCUUCAACUUCCCAAUUUUCCUUACAUUUGUACACUACAUUACAGCAUGGCUUCUACUUGCCAUUUUCAAGACACUCUCAGUGCUUCCUGUGUCUCCUCCAUCUAAAACAACUCCAUUCUCUUCUUUAUUUGCACUUGGUGCUGUUAUGGCCUUUGCCUCUGGCCUCGCAAACACUAGCCUCCAGCAUAACAGUAUUGGUUUCUAUCAAAUGGCUAAGAUUGCUGUCACCCCUACAAUUGUUCUUGCGGAGUUCAUUCUUUUUAAAAAAACCAUUUCUUUUACAAAGGUUUUGGCUUUGGCUGUCGUGUCAGCAGGUGUAGCAGUUGCAACUGUAACAGAUUUAGAGUUCAAUUUAUUUGGUGCUCUAAUUGCAAUUGCAUGGAUAAUCCCAAGUGCGAUAAACAAAAUUUUAUGGUCUACUUUACAACAGCAAAGCAACUGGACAGCUCUGGCGUUGAUGUGGAAGACAACCCCCAUCACAGUUUUCUUCCUUGGGGCAUUGAUGCCCUGGAUAGAUCCACCAGGAGUCCUAUCUUUCAAGUGGGAUGUGAACAACUCGACAGCUGUUUUGGUAUCUGCUCUCCUUGGUUUUCUCUUGCAAUGGUCAGGGGCCUUGGCACUGGGGGCCACUUCUGCUACAACCCAUGUUGUUUUAGGACAGUUCAAGACCUGUGUGAUUCUGUUGGGAGGGUAUAUAUUAUUCAAGUCAGAUCCUGGGGUUAUGAGCAUUGGUGGUGCUGUUGUUGCUCUCGCUGGGAUGUCAAUCUACACAUCAUUGAAUUUGCAGGGGUCUCAGGAAAAUACGAAGCAAAUCUUGCCUUCACCGAAGCCGAAAUCAACAGGUGAAGACAGCACAGAUUUGAAUGUAAAUACUAACACUACCACCAUUGUGUAA